CAAUUGGCUACUACGACUGAAAAAAAAAAGAGAAGGUGAGUAUGGAUCUGAGUUAAAAACAUGGCUGACUGGACCAGUCAACAUCCUCAGCCUCUGAUCCCAACUCAAACUCAAACCAACGUGAACUCGGGGUUUCUCAUCAGGAAUCUGUUGAAUCUGACGGCUCAGGACUUUGAGGAACACGCCCGCCCGGUGUACAGCGAACAGACACAUCCUCCGAGAGCCUUCUUGUUUGAUGAGAGCGCCCAUGCAGAAACAGCCCCAUCAUCUUAUUCUGGAAUCACGGGCGUCCCAUUUAAACCUGUAACUAGCUUUUACCCUGCCUCGCCAUUUCAGUUCUGGUUGCCCUCUUAUACUCUCCAUCCCUACUCAGGUUACUGGCCCUUGCAAAGAACUAGGCGCUUGGCCAAGCCGACAAAGCUGAGGCCAUUAUUCUCGAAGACCCAGUUGAGCCGUCUUGAAAAAGAGUUCAGUGGAAACAGAUAUCUGACUGAAAGCAAGCGUGAACAGCUUUCAAAGGAUCUAGGAAUGACAGAAACCCAAGUGAAGACAUGGUUUCAAAACCGCCGCACUAAAUGGCGAAAAAAGGAGAUGCAACGAAUGCUACCAGACAAUGGCGGUCAGGAAAAAGUACACUCGGAAAGCGAGAAGAAGUGUUCCUUUUACCAGGUUCAUGGAUAGGCAUGAGUGCUUACAGAGAGGUUUGGCCAACAAAUGCUCAAUGAACAUCUAAUCGUUGCUUUUGGCUCGUUUUUGGAGUAAAAAGGUUGAUCGACAAAGAGGAGAUCUUCUUCGGCUAGGUAUCAUCCGAGGAGGUUCAUGUAUCUGUAAGACUCGUAAUUUUGAUAUUUUGCGUAAUAUUGGUUGAUUCGAGUUUUUAUGUUCAAAAGCCUUGAUAAUCAGCACUUUAAGUAAGCAUGGCAUACGCCUCUGAAUAAGAUCUUAUUAUAACCAAGCGCUCUACUAACUAUACUCACAGUAUUUACCCUAAUGAUAUCUUUCAGUAAAAAAAUUCUAGAUAACCUGAUAACUGUAGACAAUUCCAAAAUAUUAAAACAUACUUUUAAUAUCAAAAUAAAUAAUAACUAUUUUUUUAUUUUCGUUUUUGAUUAGGUGUGUUGAUUUUUAAUAACAAGCGACGGACAAUCAUCAGUACACGUAAAAAACUUUAGUCUCUUUGCUGAUUUAGCUUUGUUCGUAUCAAAGAAUACAUUAUAAUGCACUUAAGUUAGCCCUGAAUUGUAUUCAAAAUCACUCAAAACAUUCGUGUAAGGUUGUUCGACAUCUCAGUCGCUCCUAGG